UUUUUCAUGUACUUUAUUCUGCUGGUAGAUCUGCGGCACCGUUCAGAGUAGAUUUAGAAUUUUUAAAAGUCAUUGUUAACUGAUAAAUAAUUAAAAGAGUAAAUAAGUGUUAAAAAUUAGGGAUAGUUUUAAUUUUUCGAAAAAUAUAAAUGUCACAAAGUCGUAAUCGUAGGCAGCAGCAGCAUCAACAGAAUGCGGAAAACGUAAAACAGAAAUCAACAUCAACCCAAAACGAACGCAAUAAAAAGACUAUUGGUGAUGGUCCCCAUAAGAAUAAUACUAUGUCGAUUAUACCCAAUCAAUCACGUAAAAAACCAAAUACCCAAAAAGAAAAAGAGCGCGCGGAGCGAGAACUGUUGGUGCUUUGGCGUAAACCGAUAGACACUCUUAAAUUUUCUGCAUUAGAACUUAUUACAUUGAUAAAAACUACAUCCCAAAAAUUAUUACAACAAAGGGCGCUGGUUGCUUUGUUUGUAGUAUUUUUUGCAGUUUUAAGUAUACUCUACUACACUCCUGGGCCACAUCAAGUCGUUUUAGAUAUAAUACGUAAAAACACAGUUUUUUUUGUGUAUUGGAUUGGUUUAGGAGUAUUAUCAUCUGUGGGCUUAGGUACUGGACUUCAUACGUUUUUAUUGUAUUUGGGUCCACAUAUUGCAAGUGUGACUUUAGCAGCAUAUGAAUGUAAUUCGUUAAAAUUUCCAAGUCCCCCUUAUCCUGAUGAUAUUAUAUGUCCAGAAGAACCUUAUACGCAAAAAGUACCAAAUCUUUGGACAAUUAUGUCUAAAGUAAGAUUAGAAGCGUUUCUUUGGGGUGCCGGCACCGCGCUUGGUGAAUUACCGCCGUAUUUUAUGGCUAAAGCUGCUCGCCUCUCUGGUUACGAUCCUGAUGAUGCAGAGGAAUUAGCAGAAUUCGAAGCACUUAAAGCAAAACGUAAUCAAAAGAAUUUAGGCAUAGUUGAUAGAGGCAAAUUGUUCAUGGAAAGAGUUGUAGAACGGAUUGGCUUUUUUGGUAUAUUAGCAUGUGCAAGUAUUCCCAAUCCACUUUUUGAUUUAGCUGGAAUUACAUGUGGGCAUUUUUUGGUGCCAUUUUGGACCUUCUUCGGUGCUACGUUAAUUGGUAAAGCAAUAAUUAAAAUGCAUAUACAAAAGAUAUUCGUUAUAAUAGCAUUCAAUGAGACGCUUAUUGAGCGUGCCGUCGACUUAAUGGGUUCAAUACCAUUUUUCGGUAAAAAAUUACAAGAGCCUUUUAAAGGUUUUUUAAAUAAUCAAAAAUUACGCUUACAUCGACAAAAAAAUAAGCCACAAACCGAAUCAGGAAAUCUGUUGUCAAAGAUAUUUGAAUGUUUUGUUGUUAUUAUGAUUAUGUAUUUUAUUGUUUCGAUAAUUAAUUCAUUGGCGCAAAGCUAUCAUAAGCGUAUUCAUAAAAAACCAAAUAAGAAGACGAAACGGUUCGUAAUCAAAGAAUAAGUAUUGUAUUAAGUUACGUAUGCAAUUUUUAGACUGUUUGGCAUAUUAUUUGAGUAUAGAAUAGCAAUCAUUUUUAAAUUGUUCUACAGCAUUCUGUGUUCUGUUGAUUUAGCAUGAAUUCAAAGCUAAAAAAGAAGCUAGUUAAUAAAGCAAAAUAGAUUUAAAUUAUUAGCUAAUUUAUUAUAUUUAUAAAAAUUAAUUUUUUAAAU